AUUUGUUUCCUACUCUUUGUCACUCAUUUGAAAGGCUGCAAACAUUAAUAUUUGACAGACUGGAUCGUUUCACUGUAGGAUCGAUAUCUUUUUGGAACCUCCAGUCUCUGGCAUAUUUGUCCAUUUUCUACUGAGCGAUUUGGCUAGCACACACAGUUCCAUUUGCCACCAUUUUGUACAGACCUUCCUCAAGCUCUCAUUCUCACACUCACAUACCGAAUAACUACUUUGCAGGAAUCAUCAAUAGCAAUGGCUGAUAAUCCAUAUCCUGUUGGAACAACUGUCUUUGCUAAACUCAAAGGUUACCCAUGGUGGCCGGCUCGUAUUGAGAGCGAAGAUGACUUACCUGAAAAUGUUAGUAGCAAAAAGCCAAAGCAGAGACCCAUCUGGCCUGUGGACAAAUCACCGAUGGAUAAUAUUGAGUUUUUGGAUCAACUCACAAACCCACAAGAGCAGUCAUCUUGGCACGGCUGGUUUGGGACCUCGGAGCUAAAAUCGUUUGAAACUGCUUCAGCGGAGAAGGCAAAGUUAUCGCUUCGAAAGGGAAAUGCUCUCCGGACCGCACUCAGUGAGGCUCUAGAUCCCAGCCUUAUCCCUGAGAGAGUUACAGUUACGUCGGCAGACGAGGAUGAUGAAGAAGAGGAUGAAGAAACACAUGUAUCAGAAACUCAGUCUCGUAAAAAGACUACUCCCAAAGUUAAAAAAACGAACAAAACCGAGUCUGCAGAAAAGAAAAGGCGGUCCAGUGCAACUGAAAGCCAAAUCCCCAAGCGCAAACCUUCUAAAAGAUCUGUGGCUGCUGAUGAUGAUGACGAGGACGAAUCACCGAAGACCAAAAAACGCGCCAGUAUUACUGGACGAAGCCAACUUGAGUCUGACAAAAGGAGUGUGGAGGAUGAUAUCAAUGGGGCUGAUGUAAGUAAUGGCCGCACUCGGAAAUCAGACGAUGAUGGCGAUCUAGGCGAUCAAAAUCGUACCAAGAAAAGGUUGCGAAGUGGACAACCAAAUGAGCGACUUUUAAAAUUACGACACAAACUUCAGAAAUUACUCUUAGUAGAGGGUCUAUCAGAUGAGAUUCUUGUUCAGAAUCUAGAACGUGCUCACCCUAUUCUUGCUGAAGUAGAAGCCUUCAAAAUCGACUUACAGAUGCUCAAGGAUACUAAAAUUGGACGGUUGAUGAAGAAGAUUUCGGCCUUGCAAUUUAGUCAGGAUCCUCAUCAAAUUGUUGAACGCUCGCUGAACCUGAUCAAGCAGUAUAAGAGCCUAAUGGAAAAGGCACAAGAAACAGGCGAAUCUGGGAGUCCUUUAGAAAAGAUUACUGAUGUGACUACACCAAAAGAAACAGUACUCAGCACUUUGGAACAAAAAGUUAUCACCACUGAAGAGGAUGUUCCUGGAAACUCACGAGCUCUGGCCUCAGAUGCUUCUAAUCAUACAAUGGAUACUCUACCAGCUCCUGCGGCUAUCGUUGCAGCUUUGACAGCAAUUGUUGAUACUGAUACACAGGUAUCAACAGACAGAUCUACAAUGAGCGAGACGACAGUUGAGACGACAAUUGAAACGAAAGUUGAGACCACCAGCGCGUCUUUUCAGGGAUCUUCAUUAUAA